ACACAACAGACACCACACUCGUUGGGUCAGAACAUCUUUAACCUCAGAAGGGCACUGCAGUCCGAGUCCUGGGUUUGUCCAUUUCAUCGUCUCUACACACCAGCUCAUCAUCUGGCUAGGCCACCUUGACCGCAUAUAUGCUGGGCGUCGUUGCUCGUGUCGUCAGGUAUCAUCCUGCCCAUCAUGUCUUCUCGUUCACGAGCGGGCUGUCCCCGGUGUCGUUCUAUGAAAAUAAAGUGUGAUGAGACCAAACCAAGCUGUAGACAGUGCCUGAAGCGCAAAGUCGUCUGCCCUGGCUACCAGCGGGAUCUCAAAUGGAGUCAUAAGCACGAAGUUCUUCACUCCUCGCGAUCCCAGAUCCCCCCUACCGCAGAGUCAUGUCCAGGUCCAGGUCCAGAUCCUCCACUUCCAGCCGUUGCCAGUCUCAGUCCGAUCCACUCGGCCCUGCUUCCGAGAAAUGUUCAAGUAGGCCUAGGAGCACAAAGUAAUCAUAUCGCUCCUCUGCCAUCUCAAAGUCCAGCUAUUGACGACCGUUCAUCAUCUCAUGAUCAUCCUGACCAUUCAGAUUCAGCGCCUUUUUCUCCCGUAACCACCCGAUUAGGUAAUGACCAUGACCGAUCUAACGCAGACAUAUUGCGGGAUGAUCUCCGCGAAUGGCUUGUAAGCCACGAACCCAUGACCCUAUUGGAACAACAAGACUGGACAUGGACCUUGAACGGGUCAACAUUGAAUUGCAAUCAAGAUCCGACAUUAGUUUCAACCUUAGAUAUUCCAAAUUCAACAGCUUCACCCCAGGGCACCGAAUUCAAUCAAGCCUUAGUUCAGUACUUUUUCGACAACCUGUGUGGGAUACACACUGUCCUCGAUGACACAGCCGAGCGAUUCAAAGCGCUGGUGAAUCGCUAUCUCGGUUCCUCCCCUCUCCUUCAUAAAAGCAUCGUCUGCAUGGCCGCCGCUCACUGCUUCCAGGAUGAUGAGUCGAUGCUUCCCAUGUGUCUUGAGUGCCAUACAGCCGCUGUCAGAUCUCUCUCCGAGGCAGUGUUCCAGAUCGAGACCGUGCUAGAACAACCUACCGGUUCACCACACAACCCAGCCUUAGCUGGAACUCACAUGCUACGCAGAUUGGAAGAAACCCUGUUGGCAUCGAUAAUAUUAGGCUUCUGUGCUCCUUGGUCCGAUCCCCGAGACUUGGGUCUUCCUCAUCUCCGUGGAGCCAGAAAAUUGUGCGAAUAUCUCAUUAAUUACGCCACACUGGACGGUACGGAACCGGAAAAAGCUUUGGCAAAUCCCGACCAUCAUUUCUUGAUAGGGGCCAUGUCGUACUGGGAAUCCUGCAUGGCUUUCGUGGUCGACCAGCCCGACUCCGUUCUGCAGUACCUGUCUCCUUUCCGUAAACCCACCAAGACGACUUAUAUCCACAUGUUUGCAGGAAUCAGCCUGCCUCUAUUUGUGACUCUCGCCAAGGUCGGCAUCUGCGUUCGCCAGAACAGAGCCUUGAGAAACAUGGUCGGCGUGGGCUGGAAGGGUCGAGACUCUUAUCAAAUCCUCGCAGCUGAGGUCAUUCGUGAUGCCACAGAGCUUGCCCAGUAUGCCGUUGACUACCAAAUCCCUGCCGAUGAAACCUUUGACACCAAGACUUUGAGUUCCUCCACCUAUCGUCAACUCAAAGCAUUUGCCCAAAUGUGCAAGUUCGCAAUCCUGCUCGAGCUGCAACGAAACUUCCCCAGUCUAGUCGAUCCCCACCUCGACGAUGUCGAAGUUGCAACGCCCGACACCUCAGCUUCACGAGAAACCAUCAGCCUCGAUCGCCGUUACUUUGACCUGUCGGGUGCGAUCCUUAGCCAUGCAAAGGAUAUUCCCGAAGGAUCUACAUGCGGCCUAUAUCAGACGAUUUUGCUGCUCAUUUGUGGAAGUGUUCUACGAGUGCCCAAAGAUUCAGCAACACUCCGAUCCAACGAAUCAAGCCUACGUGAGAAGUUAGAAACCCAAAUCUUAUCAACCCUCGCGCGAAAAGACGAGCUCAACCAACGUCGAGCUUUCAUCCGCCGCCGGCUACAGUCGAACUGUGCCUCAUUUGGCCUACGCCAAGUCUUCUCUCGGGCUGAGCAGCUCCUGGAAGACGUCUGGUGUGAGUUCGACACAGGGACAGACGAUUCGAACGAUCUUCGGUCUAGACGCCAUUGGAUUGACGUCAUGGCCGAUAGAAAGCUUGAAACGUUCUUUGGUUGAGCAUGUACAACUAGAGACUCUGUCUUGGAUCGAAACCUUAGCUCCGUUGCACUAUUUCAUCUAUGAGCCGGCAAGAUCAGUUUUAACAAACCCAGCCUCCAUCCACGUUAUAUACAGCUCCAGUCACAAAGCUCGCCUCGUCCGACAACAGAAAGGCUGCCACGUUCAUGAUCUCCAGUGGAUUCGCCUUGCGUUUCUGAAUCUGAGCGCGAAUCUCGUCCGAGUUCUCCACCGUGUCAUUCGCCAUCAUCGGGGUAUCAGUGCAACCUUCCACGUCAGGACUCGGUGACAGCGACAAUCUGUAGGCAACACUUACCUGGAGCCACGCAGUUGAUCCGAAUUCCAACAUGUUCUUUGGCCGCGCUGCGGGUCAGUCCAAUGACAGCAUGCUUGCUAGCGCAAUAGGCUGUAAAUGUUGGCCACCCAAUUUGUCCUUCAGUGCUGGCCGCUGACACCUUUCGACCAGGUUAGCAACCAAGACGUACAUCGGCAGUUUGGAGAACUCGCUUACGAUGGAAGCUCCAUCUUUCAUGACACGAAGCUGAGCUCGAAUACAGUUGAACACGCCUGUCGAAUUGACGUCCAUGACAAAGUUCCAGUCUUCAUCAGUCAUCUCCACAAUCGGAUUAACUCGAAUGACACCGGCCCAGUUGGCGGCGCCGUCCAAUCGUCCAUACUUGUCCAUGGUUUUGGCUAUCCAGGAGUCAACGGAAGCACUCUUGCGCACAUCGACAGUCGUUGUAAGGUGCGAUGACGAGUUUUCCAGCGAUUUGAUGGUCUCCGCGAGUCCCUCUUCAUUCACGUCGGCCAAGGAGACAAGUGCUCCUCGCUUGGCUAGCAACUGAGCAAAUACCCGCCCCUGACCGGAGCCCGCCCCUGUGAUGGCAAUCUGUUGUCAACAAUGUCAGUGGGAUUUAAUUCGUCUCCUGUGCGGUGAUACACACCACUUUUCCCUCAAAGCUCGACAUGGUAGAUGAAUCUUCUGUGGCUGGAUGCUUCAAAUUACCCAAGUCGUCAAGGGGGGAUCAGGCACAGAUUUAGUCUCGAGAUCUUACAAGGUGAGUCUUAUUCUAGCGAUAUCGAUGAUCUCAACACAAAGUUGUACAACUAUAUCGCGGCACUGUAUCCUUCUCUUAAACAGACAUGGCUAGGUACUAUUUCCUUCCUAGAAAGCCAGAACCGGGAACUACAGCCGUGCCUCAAAACUGGCCACUGCCUUGCCAUAUCAUUACUAUCUUUGUCUGGAUCCAUGUCAGGCCUUCACGCCCUGCCUAGUGUCAGCCUGGAAUCUGUGGGAAACUUAAAGUCAGGCGAUGUGGUUGAAUUUCAGAGAAUUUCCUUUCCGGGUAACCAGAGGCGGCGUUGCAUGGGGAAUCAUCUUCAAGAUAUGUGGAUUCGAGGCCUUGCACACUAACAUGUUCAAUAGCUCUAUCAAGCCUGAGUUUUUGAACAUGGACACUAUCAAACGGCAAUCAUAAUGCCAAUUAGACUCGCCAUUCAUAUCAAGAAGGUUCUAUCCACAUAAUCUGAAUUUCUAGAUAGACAGUCCCCAAAAAGUAAG